CCGCACGGACAAGCUGUUCGGGGUCAAAAGUGUGGCCAGUGAAAUUCUAUGAAGAACAUCUUGCCAUAAAGGCGCAAUAAAAGGAGGAAUUGCUCAGCUUGUGACUGUAUACCCUGUAAAGCAAAUACGCCUACAAUGAGAAUCUUACUGUAUAUUGCCAUGGGCUGGUUUCUGGUAUGCAUGAUUACAGCGGACGAGGAUGACGAAUCAGGUGACAAGCGUCAAGGUGGAUCCUCAGAUGAAGAGCAUUCAUCUCGGUCAAAGCCAAAAGUAACGAACGAUGAUGAAGAUGACGGGGAGACUCGGAGAAGACGGAGGCGCAGGUCUAAGCCAAGAAAGGUUUAUGAUGAUGACUAUGAUGACUAUGAAGACGAGGAACCAAGACGGCGUAGACGUGUGAGGAAGCCAAAAAAAUCGAACGAUGAUAAAGGCACCAACGGUGACAAACCAGCGAGGACAAAUGAUGAGCAAGGCACCAACGGUGGCAAACCAGCGAGGACAAAUGAGGGUCAAGGCACCGACGGCGACCAACCAGUGAGGACAAAUGGAAGCCAUGGAAGAAAUAACGAGGAAUUUAGGCCCCCAACCUUGCCGAAGCCGCGAAACCGAGUGCAAUGUGUCAGAGUGGGGGACAUGAGCAAGGUCAUGAGAAUCUGUGGCGCGUAUGCCUGA